AUGCCUGGUGCCAUCUGGAACCUGGCCUUGGAGAUUGCGGCUGUUGGUGUCAUGUCGUGCAAGGAAGUUUCUACGUGUCGUUGGUGUAAAUGCACAGUUGCUGAUAUCGCCGUUGAGCUGGUAUUCAUCGUGCAUACCUUGUCUCCUCAUGUUGCCGCGUGGAGAAAGAGGGAGAACCUACUGGCAGCUGGGAAUGGCCGGCUUUGUUGUUUCUGA